GUUGUAGAGGCGAUUCUAAUGAAACGUGUCACAUAUUUAUUUGUCGGAAAAAAACUCUGGUUGACAAACAAAAGUUAAUUUUCUCUUUUCUUCUCGUUUCUAUCGAUCCGUCUUCGGUUUUCUCUUCUUCUUCUCCGACGAAGAGCACCACUUCGAGUCCAGUGACGCCGGAGCUUCACCUUCUUCUUCUCACAUCGUCAUCAAGGACCGUCCCUGCAAGCUUGAAUUUAUCUCUGGAUUAGUAAUCAGAGGAAGACACGGUGAAUAUGGAGCAACUAGAGAAGUCCGUGGAGGAGAACAUGUACCUUCUUUUAUGAGGCUUGGCUUUGAAGAUGAAGUGCUGAUCAACUUUAUAUACGGUCUUCUUGAUGGGAAGUAUCUGGUUGAAGGGUGUUCCUAAUGUAGGUAGUGAAUGGUAAGGAGAUUCAGAUUUUGAUUAUUAUAUUCAUAGAGAAAAAUAUUGGGAAGUUCAUGAAAGAGCUCUAGACACUUCUUCUAAGCGCACAGAACAAUGUAUUUCCCUGCAAUAAUUUCGAUGCUAAGAUCUUAUGCGUGGGAUGAGUGUUUGCCUGCAUUCCCUGUUCAGCUCUACGAGGCUUGGCUUCUGUUUUUUUAUGCUGGUUUGGUUAUGCGAGAGAACAUUUUGAGAGCCAACGGGAGUGAUAUCAAGGAUAUAUCAAGGAAGAAAGAGCUUGGCGUCACAGCCAUUCACGUGAAGCUCCAUGCCAAGACUCCAGGUUGUGGUGUUUAGUCUGCCCUUCGUGCCCUUACUCGUUCAGGGAUGAAGAUUGGUCGCAUAGGUAACUUCUGUAUCUUGUUGUAAAUCAUCACUGUAAUUCUAAUUAGCCUCUGGAAUUUGGAUUUUACAUGUCAGACAAGCUGUGUUGCCAUCAUAUAUGACCGUUAACAAAACUUUGCCAAUGUAUUGCAGAUGAUGUGACUCCAAUUCCAAAUUUUUAUUUUAUUUUUAAGAACUCAUCAAAAGUUCUCCAUUAUCAAAAUUUUAAAAAAUCUAAUAAAACUCUUAACUUAAAUUAAUAAUAUAUUUAAUAAUAAAAUAUACUUAAGAGCUUUAACAUGUAGAUCACCAUUGUGGAUGCUAAAUUACGACAUGCACGAUAAACGAGAUGGAAUUGAAUUCACAACAACGAUAGGAAAACAUCUUUUUAUCACAUGUUAGUCAUUUUUUUUUUGGGGUCAAAUAUCACAUGUUAGUCUUUGUUAAGAUUUUCCUUCCUCAAUCGCUUUUCACUUUUCUCAGCUAAUAAUUUUCUAUAAAGCCCAAACCACCUCUUUUGUUCAAUAGGAAAGAACCAGGUAGCUAUCUGGUGGCAUGGGAUAUAUCGACAAAGACCAUUCUUACGAAUUAGAAUUAUUACAUGUUGCAAAACUAUUAUAUCGAUAAAAACUGUUUUUUCAAAAAGUUUUUCUAUUUUUUGAAAAUUUAUACAAAAAGGGAAGAAUGCAAUUUUUUAUUAAAAUGUAAAGUUUUAUACUAUUAUAAAAUUUUAACAAAAAUUAC